GCAUGUUGUCCCAUGCAGUUCAAACCAGGCAAGCUAGCCGUCUCGCUCACAAGAGUUAUCGGCUCCCCCUUCUAGGAGCAGCCGACCUUUGCUAGGAGCUCUACGGGCUUGUUUAUUAGUGUUUCGCAGCCGCCAGAAGGACGCAACAAGGAUGUCCAAAGACACGGAAGGGAAGAGCGAGAAAAUAAUGGAUAUGGACACCAAAGUGUUGUGGUAUCCGGACUCCAAGAGGAAUACACAGAUGGACAAGUUUAGGAUGCAGGUCAACGCGGACUACGGGCUUAAUCUGGUGAACUACAGCGACCUUUACCAGUGGUCAGUGGACAAUUACCCCGAGUUCUGGGCCCAGGUGUGGUGCUUCUGUGGAGUCGUCAGCUCCAAGACCUAUGAGGAGGUGAUAGACUCGUCCAAGCGAAUCUCAGAUGUCCCAGAGUGGUUUAAAGGGUCUCGACUCAACUACGCCGAGAAUCUGCUCAAACACGCUGACCAGGACAAGGUGGCUGUCUACGCUGCAAGAGAAGGCAAGGAGGAGGUUGUGAAGGUGACAUUUGGAGAGCUGAGGCGUGAUGUGGCGUUAUUUGCUGCAGCCAUGAGGAAGAUGGGCAUCCGGACUGGAGACAGGGUCGUAGGCUACCUUCCCAACGGCAUCCAUGCGCUAGAGGCCAUGUUAGCAGCCGCCAGCAUCGGAGCCAUUUGGAGCUCCACGUCUGUUGAUUUUGGAGUCAAUGGUGUCCUGGACCGGUUUUCACAAAUCCAGCCCAAACUGAUCUUCUCCGUCGCUGCCGUGGUUUACAACGGAAAAGUGCACGACCACAUGGAGAAGCUGACGAAUGUUGUUAAAGGCCUGCCUGACCUGAAUAAAGUAGUUGUGAUUCCCUACGUUCGCUCCAAACAGGAAACUGACCUCUCCAAAAUCCCCAACAGUGUGUUCAUCGAUGAUUUCCUGGCGUCUGGACGCGGUGAGGGGGACCAGUUCCCUCAGCUGGAGUUUGAGCAGCUUCCGUUCAACCAUCCUCUGUUCAUCAUGUACUCGUCUGGAACCACCGGUGCUCCUAAGUGCAUGGUCCACUCCGCUGGGGGCACUCUCAUCCAGCAUUUGAAAGAGCACAUUCUCCACGGCAAUAUGGCCACCAGUGAUGUCAUCAUUUAUUACACUACGACUGGCUGGAUGAUGUGGAACUGGCUGGUGUCUUCGCUGGCAGUUGGAGCCUCUGUGGUUUUAUAUGACGGUUCACCACUAAUGCCAACACCCAAUGUGCUAUGGGACCUGACCGACCAGCUGGGCAUCACUAUCUUUGGUACCGGGGCUAAGUGGCUGUCUGUGCUGCAGGAGAGGAACCUCAAACCUUCGGAAACACACAACCUGCAGUCCCUCCACACCAUCCUGUCCACAGGAUCUCCUCUCAAACCCCAGAGCUAUGACUACGUCUACCGAUGCAUCAAGAGCACCGUGCUGCUGGGCUCCAUCUCAGGUGGCACCGACAUUGUGUCGUGUUUCAUGGGUCAAAACCCAACGGUUCCGGUGCACCGGGGGGAAAUCCAGUCCAGAAAUCUUGGAAUGGCUGUAGAAGCCUGGAGCCUUGAUGGUAAGCCGGUUUGGGUAGAGAGUGGAGAACUCGUCUGCCUGAAACCCAUCCCCUGCCAACCGACUCACUUCUGGAAUGACGAGAACAGGAGCAAAUAUCAUAAAGCUUAUUUUUCAACAUUUCCUGGGGUGUGGGCCCACGGAGAUUACUGUAAAAUAAACCCCAAGACAGGAGGGAUAGUCAUGCUGGGCAGGAGUGAUGGUACCCUGAACCCCAACGGAGUCCGUUUUGGAAGCUCAGAGAUCUACAACAUUGUGGAGGCUUUCGAGGACGUGUCAGACAGCCUUUGUGUCCCUCAGUACAACGCCGACGGGGAAGAGAGGGUUAUUCUGUUCUUAAAGAUGGCGCCUGGGAAGCCCUUCGGUCCGGAGUUGGUGACAAAGAUCAAAGGAGCCAUCAGGAAAGCUUUGUCCGCCCGACACGUUCCCGCCUUGCUGCUGGAGACCAAAGACAUUCCAUACACCAUCAGCGGGAAGAAGGUGGAGGUGGCGGUGAAGCAGGUUAUUGCCGGUCGUGAGGUGGCCCAAAGAGGAGCGUUUUCCAACCCAGCUUCCCUGGACCUCUAUAAGAACAUUCCCGAGCUGCAAAACUAUUAGAGCUACUGGAGGAGAAUCAUCUUCUGACAUCAAGUUUAAGAUUUUUAAAAUCUUAAACUUGAUUUAGGAAGAUGUGCAAAACGGGAACAUUCUACUUGAACCGCAGCAGCAGAUAACAGAAAACAAAUGUUUAUCAAAAAUAAUGUGUGUGUGUGUGUUAAAAGCAGGGCAGCGGUCCGCAGCUCCCUCACCCGUACGCAGCAGCUCUCCGUCCGCCGUGUUGUCAAAGUGAAAGUUGAACAGAGAUGAACCGUUUGGGCGUGAUGCCACGUGCACAGCUGUGUUUGUGAAAGCGCUCAUGCUCCAAAUCUAGCGAUGAGGCAUUAAGUGCUUCGCUCUGGCUUUACAGUUUAGAUUUUUAUCAUCUUGUGAGACAUCGCUCCGCUUCACCUGCUUCUAAACCCAAGGCUGGUUCUGGUUCUGGUUCUGACAGUAAUCCAUGGAGACCUGCAGAUAACGGUCGUCACCGCCUCAUACCGCUUUACUGAUGUACGCGUCUGUGUGUGUGUGUGUGUGUGUGUGUAUAUUUAUAAAUAGAUGAACGUAUAUUUUUGAACGGUGAUUUUAAGUUUGUAAUUAUGCUUUUAAAGAUGGUUGUUCAAGUUUCCCAAAGUGACUCGAGGGUUCUAGAAGGUUCUUUUAAGGGUCUGCUGGACUGAACUGGUUAGAAAAACAAUAAUAGUAGCUGAUCUCUUCUUUAGUCAAAGCUAUAAUUUAGUCAUAUUUUCCUCUUUUUUAGUCAAAAUAAACUACUGAAUAAAAUGUUGCCGCAUUCAUUUGUUUAACCAUCACAGAGUUCAGUUUGUUUCCAAAUGAAUCUAAAAGAAAGUUCACCUCAUCAAUAAAAACCUGUUAAAUGUUU